AGUUCGUUACUUAGUGGCGGUCCCAGGCCACCGCAUCGAUUUUCAUCCGCCAACGCAAGUGGACUUCGCCGUCGCUCAAGUCGUCGGCGCCGGCACAGAUGCCACACCAGUCGUGGGCUCGUGGCCUCUUUGCCCUUUUCUGAAGACAGAAAUGUCUUCCCUUUUAUCCCUUCCGGUUUCCAAUUCGCGAAGAGUAUUCCAGACGCUACUUUCCGAUUCUCCCUUCACGUUGUCCGAUUUGCGAUUCCAUUCGCUGCUGCUGAAAGAACGGAUUUGCAGUCAGUGUCGAGUUUAACGCCGCUGCUGGGGAAUGAAGCUCUUCUUGUUUGCUUGGCCUGGAUGUUCUUUGUCCAUGGGACUUCUUGUGAAGGCUGUGGUCAAGAUGAAAGAGAAGCCCUUUUCAAGUUGAAGGCAGAUCUUGAAGACCCUUCAAGCUUUCUAUCAUCUUGGGUUGGUCAAAGGGAUUGUUGUACAUGGUCCCGAGUCGUCUGUGAUAAUUUUACUGGCCAUGUCACUGAGCUCCAUCUCGGAUGGCCUUCUUUGAGGGACGACUCUGUGUUCACUGGAGAAAUGACAUCCUUAGACUAUGUAAACCUUGCAAGAAACAAUAUCAGUGGGACAAUUCCAACAAGUUUUGGGGCAUUGGCACAGCUGAGUUAUAUGGAUAUCUCUCAGAACUCAUUGCAUGGUGUUGUUUACCCUGAAAUUCACUUUGCCAACAUGAGAAAGCUGACAUGCUUUUAUGCAUCUGGAAACAAGAUGGUGCUGAAAGCUAAACCAGAUUGGGUUCCUUCAAUGGUGCUUGAAGAAUUGGACCUAGAAUCCUGGUAUGUUGGACCUGGUUUUCCCAAUUGGCUCCAGUAUUUGCAGCAUCUCAAGUCUCUUGAUCUAUCAAACUCUGGAAUUUCAGAACCCAUUCCUGGCUGGUUCUGGAGCAUAUCAUCUCAGUACUACUAUUUGAAUUUCUCACACAACCAAAUCCCUGGAAGGCUCCCACAUGUCGUACCUAUAGUUAUCACUAUAUCAUAUUUUGAUUUCAGCUUCAAUUGCUUGGAAGGUCCAGUGCCUGCUAUCUCAUCCAACUUGACAUUUCUGGACCUCUCCAACAAUCUGCUUUCAGGAAACUUGUUCAAGUUUUUGUGUUUCAACCCCAGUGAGAUGAGGGCUACAGAAUUUUUGAGCUUAUAUGGUAAUAAUUUGACUGGUGAGAUACCAGAUUGUUGGAAGACUUGGCCGAGCUUAUCGAGCAUAAGGCUGGGAGGAAACAAGCUCAGUGGCAAGAUCCCAAAGUCCCUUGGAUAUGUAAGUUCCCUCAAAUCCUUGCGCCUUCAGGACAAUAGGCUGUCUGGUGAAAUUCCACAAUCCCUCGAAAACUGCUCCAGGUUAGUCAUAGUUGACUUGAGUGAUAAUGGAUUGGAGGGGAAGAUUCCGAAAUGGAUGGGACAAAGCCUUUCAAGAUUGUCCAUUCUUAGUUUACGCAAGAAUAAGUUCCAUGGAAGCAUACCUAAGGAGAUCUGUGACCUGCAAUCCUUACAGAUCUUGGAUCUUUCUCUCAACUCUCUCUCUGGGGCCUUGCCAGAAUGUGUUGCUAAUCUCAGUGCCAUGGCUACUCCAAACAAUAAUACUUUAGGGGUCAUUGCAGUCUAUGGUGUUCAGGGGCAAUCAUUGUUGGAUACUCAGAUUCUGGUGACAAAAGGGCAGUUGUUGGACUACAGCACCAUACUCAACUAUGUCAGGAGUUUUGACCUCUCUUGGAAUGACUUGUCAGGACAGAUCCCCAACGAGAUCUUUAGCCUGGCAGCCCUUAAAUAUCUCAACUUGUCACAUAACUCAUUCUCUGGUGCAAUUCCGGAGGAUCUGACCGCAAUGCUCUCUCUUGAAUCCAUGGAUCUAUCGAUGAACCUGCUGUCCAGAUCAAUUCCUUCAAGCCUAGGAAGUCUCACGUUCUUGAAUCACUUGAACUUGUCGUACAACAACUUAAGUGGUAAAAUUCCUUCAAGCACUCAACUGCAGAGCUUCGAUUCAUGGAGCUUCAUUGGCAACCAAGAACUUUGUGGGCCUCCUUUGAAUGUGGAUUGCAGCUAUGACAGCAGAUUGCAUAGUUUAAUUGACGGCGAAGAAAUUGAUGAAGAACAUGCAUUGUAUUGGUUCUUUAGCAGCGUAGUUUUGGGUUUUGUGGGCGGUUUCUGGGGUGUGGUUGCCACUUUUGCAUUCAUCCAACUGUCGACAAUCCCAGAUUCCGAGUUCAAGGACUACAUGGGUAAAAAAUUGGAUGGCUGCAAUGAUGGAGGACGGGGAUGUGCUUCCAAGCGCAUGGCCACGAACGGGACAAUACAAAGGUUUGAACGGCCGAUCUGGUGUCCAGAAACAAAGGAUGUGAUAAAGAAUGGGUUCUGGAAGAUUGCUGAACGUGUCUAUAGUAUUAGCUUCUUCUUCGGGGCGCAUUUUCCGAUCAUUGCCCAGCUCACGGCCAGAGCGUUUGCUGUUCAUUGCUUUCUGGCACCGGCAAAAUUGCCUCACCAGUCUACCUCCUCCGCGCAUGUUUUUUUCGUCCCCAGCCUUUCGUUUGCAGUUAGUGCCGAGUUCCCGCUAAUGCCCCUGCUGGGGAAUGAAGGCCAUGUAACUUCUAGUGAAGGCUGUUGUCAAGAUGAAAGGGAAGCCCUUUUGAAGUUCAAGGAUGAUCUUGAAGACCCUACAAGCUUUCUAUCAUCUUGGGUUGGCCAGGAUCCCUGUACAUGGUCCGGUGUUGUAUGUGAUAAUUUUACCGGCCAUGUCACCGAGCUCCAUCUUGGAUGGCCUUCUUCCAGGGACGACUCGGUGUUUAGCGGUAAGCUAAAUCCUUCAUUGCUUCAGCUGAAGUAUCUCAGUUAUUUGGACCUGUCAAACAAUCGUUUCCAAGGGAUUCCCAUUCCGAGUUUUCUUGGCUCUAUGAGUAGUUUAAAGCACCUCUACCUUGAUGGAGCUGGAUUUGGAGGAGUUAUUCCUCAUCAACUGGGAAACCUCUCAAAUCUGCAUCAACUUGGCCUGCAGGCUGCGAGGCGUAAUGUGUUAUAUGCUGAUAGUUUGAAGUGGCUUUCUGGUAUGUCUUCACUACGGUACCUUGAUUUAAGUGAUGUCGAUCUUAGUGAUGCUUCUGACUGGUUGAACAUGAUAAACACACUCCCAUCUCUUUCAGAAUUGUAUCUAUCAAACUGUCGUAUCCGUCAUAUCCCUCCCCUCAAUAAUUUGAACAUGUCUUCGUUGUCUGCUCUUAGUUUGCAGCAGAAUGAUUUUGAUCAAACUUCAGUUCCUAGUUGGGUUUUUCAUCUUCAGAGCCUUACUUACUUGAAUCUAGGAAUCAACUCUUUUGAUGGUCCAAUUUCUGACGAGCUUCAAAACCUUACUUCACUGAGGACCCUUUCAUUGAACUCCAAUCGAUUCAAUCAUUCAAUACCAAACUGGUUGUAUAGAUUUAGUCAUCUAGAGACACUUGAUCUAUAUGGUAAUCAUUUGGAUGGUAAAGUCUCAACUGCUGGCAUUGGAAACUUGUCUUCUCUUGUUGACCUUAAUUUGUCUGUCAAUCAUGGACUCGAAUUUGAGAGGGGAAUUCCAGAGUCAUUCAAAAGCUUCUGCCGUUUGAGGUCGCUUUCUCUACAAAAUGUAAAACUGAAUCAAAAAGUAUCAGAGCUGCUUGAAAUCCUUGGAGAAUGUGCUUCUGAUACUUUACAAGUAUUGUUGUUGUUUAAUUGCCAACUGUCUGGUCAGUUGACCAGUCGUAUUGGAAAUUUCAAGAAACUUUACCGCCUCAUCCUCGGAAAUAAUUCCAUUUCUGGUUCACUUCCAAUGUCAUUCGGAGAAAUGACUUCCUUGAUUGAUGUAGACCUUUCAAGAAAUAACAUCAGUGGGACAAUUCCAACAAGUUUUGGGGAAUUGGCACAGCUGGCUUAUGUGGAUAUCUCUCAGAACUCGUUGCAUGGUGUUGUUUACCCUGAAAUUCACUUUGCCAACCUCAGAAAGCUGUCUUGCUUUUAUGCAUCUGGAAACAAGAUGGUGAUGAAAGCUAAACCAGAUUGGGUUCCUUACAAACUACUUGAAGACUUGGACCUAGAAUCCUGGUAUGUUGGACCUGGAUUUCCCCAUUGGCUCAAGAGUUUGCAGUAUCUCAAGUCUCUUGAUCUAUCAAACUCUAGAAUUUCAGAACCCAUUCCUGACUGGUUCUGGAGCAUAUCAUCUCAGUUCUACUAUUUGAAUUUCUCUCGCAAUCAAAUCCCUGGAAGGCUCCCACAUGUCAUACCUGUAGUUCUCACUGUUUCAUAUUUUGAUUUCAGCUCCAAUUUCUUGGAAGGUCCUCUUCCUGCUAUCUCAUCCAACUUGACAUUUGUUGAUCUUUCCAACAAUCUGCUUUCUGGAAACUUGUUCAAAUUCUUGUGUUUCAACCCCAGUGAGAUGAGGGCUACAGAAUUUCUAAGCUUAUAUGGUAAUAAUUUGACUGGUGAGAUACCAGAUUGUUGGAAGACUUGGCCGAGCUUGUCGAGCAUAAGGCUGGGAGGAAAUAAGCUCAGUGGCAAGAUCCCAAAGUCCCUUGGAUAUGUAAGUUCCCUCGUAUCUUUGCGCCUUCAGAACAAUAGGCUGUCCGGUCAAAUUCCACCAUCCCUCCAAAACUGCUCCAGGUUAGUCAUAGUUGACUUGAGUGAUAAUGGAUUGGAGGGGAAGAUUCCGGAAUGGAUGGGACAAAGCCUUUCCAGAUUAUCCAUUCUUAGUUUACGCCGGAAUAAGUUCCAUGGCAGUAUACCUAAGGAGAUCUGUGGCCUGCAAUCUUUACAGAUCUUGGAUCUUUCUCACAACUCUCUCUCUGGGGCCUUGCCAGAAUGUGUUGCUAAUCUCAGUGCCAUGGCUACUCCAAAUAAUAAUACUUUAGGGGUCAUUGCAGUUUAUGGUGUUCGUGGGCAAUCAUUAUUGGAUACUCAGAUUCUUGUGAGAAAAGGGCAGUUGUUGGACUACAGCACCAUACUGAACUAUGUAAGGAGUUUGGACCUCUCUUGGAAUGACUUGUCAGGACAGAUCCCCAACGAGAUCUCAAGCCUGGCAGCCCUUAAAUAUCUCAACUUGUCACAUAAUUCAUUCUCUGGUGCAAUUCCGAAGGAUCUAACCGCAAUGCUCUCUCUUGAAUCCAUGGAUCUAUCGAUGAACCAGCUGUCCGGAUCAAUCCCUUCAACCCUGGGAAGUCUCACAUUCUUGAAUUACUUGAACUUGUCGUACAACAACUUGGUUGGUAAAAUUCCUUCAAGCACUCAACUGCAGAGCUUUGAUUCAUGGAGCUUCAUUGGCAACCAAGAACUUUGUGGGCCUCCAUUGAAUGUGGACUGCAGCAAUGACAGCAAAGUGCCUGGUUUAAUGGACGGAGAAGAAAAUGAUGGAGAGCACGCAUUGUAUUGGUUCUCUGGCAGCGUAGCUUUGGGUUUCGUGGGCGGUUUCUGGGGUGUGGUUGCCACUUUUGCAUUCAUCCAACUGUCAACAAACCCAGAGUCUGAGUUUAAGGAUCACACAGUCCCAGCAAAGCAGGAAAGAUGUAGCCUGAAAAGGGCUCUUCUUAUUUGCUUGGGCUGCGUGUGCUUUGGCCGUGCGACUUCUAGUGAAGGCUGUGAUCAAGAUGAAAGAGAAGCCCUUUUGAAGUUCAAGGCUGAUCUUGAAGACCCUUCAAGCUCUCUGUCAUCUUGGGUUGUCCAAAGGGAUUGCUGUAUAUGGUCAGGUGUUGUCUGUGAUAAUUUUACUGGCCAUGUCACUGAGCUCCAUCUCGGGUGGUCGUCUUCCUGGGACGGUUCUGUGUUUAGUGGUAAGCUAAAUUCUCAAUUGCUUCAGUUGAAGUAUCUCAGUUAUUUGGACCUGUCCAACAAUCAUUUUAAAGGGAUUCCUAUUCCAAGUUUCCUUGGCUCUAUGAGUAGUUUAAAGCAUCUUUAUCUUGAUGGAUCUGGAUUUGGCGGAGUCAUUCCUCAUCAACUUGGAAACCUCACAAAUCUGAAGCAACUUGGCCUGCAGGCUGCUAGAGAUUAUGUGCUAUAUGCUGAUAGUUUGCGGUGGCUUUCUGGUCUGUCUUCACUAAGAUACCUUGAUUUGAGUGAUGUCGAUCUCAGCAAUGCUUCUGACUGGUUGAGCAUGAUAAACACACUCCCAACUCUUUCGGAAUUGUAUCUAUCAAACUGUCGUAUCCGUUAUAUCCCACCCCUCAAGAAUUUGAACAUGUCUUUGUUAUCUGGUCUUAGUUUGUAUCACAAUCAAUUUGCUCAAACUUCAGUUCCUAGUUGGGUUUUUCAUCUUCGGAGUCUUACUUACUUGGAUCUAGGAGUGAACACUUUUGAUGGUCCGAUUCCUGACCAGCUUCAAAACCUGACUUCACUGAGGACCCUUUCCUUGUCCGGCAAUCGAUUCAAUCAUCCAAUACCAGACUGGUUAUAUAGAUUAAGUCAUCUUGAGGCGCUUUAUCUAUGCGGUAAUAAGUUGGAUGGUAAAGUCUCAACUGCUGGCAUUGGAAACUUGUCUUCUCUUGUUUACCUUGACAUAUCAGACAAUUAUGGCCUCGAAUUUGAGAGGGGAAUUCCGGAGUCGUUCAAAAGCUUCUGCCAUUUGAGGUCACUUUCUCUGAAUAAUGUAAUACUGAAUCAAAAUGUAUCAGAGUUGCUUGAAAUCCUUGGAGAAUGUGCUUCUGAUACUUUGCAGGCAUUGUUGUUGUUUAAUUCCCAACUGUGUGGUCAGUUGACUGACCGGAUUGGAGAUUUCAAGAGACUUAGUCGUCUCGACCUUAGAAAGAAUUCCAUUUCUGGUUCACUUCCAAUGUCAUUUGGAGAAAUGACAUCCUUAUACUAUUUAAACCUUGCAAGAAACAAGAUCAGUGGGACAAUUCCAACAAGUUUUGGGGCAUUGGCACAGCUGAAUUAUGUGGAUAUCUCUCAGAACUCAUUGCAUGGCGUCAUUUACCCUGAAAUUCAUUUUGCCAAUCUCAGAAAUUUGGCUUGCUUUUAUGCAUCUGGAAAUCAGAUGGUUUUGAAAGCUAAACCAGAUUGGGUUCCUUCCAAGCUACUUGAUGAAUUAGACCUAGAAUCUUGCUAUGUUGGACCUGUAUUCCCCCAUUGGUUGCGGAGUUUGCAGCAUCUCAAGUCUCUUGAUCUAUCUAACUCUGGAAUUUCAGAACCCAUUCCUGACUGGUUCUGGAGCAUGUCCUCUCAGUUCUACUAUCUUAAUUUCUCUCACAACCAAAUCCCGGGAAGGCUUUCACAUGUCAUCCCUGUUGUGAGCACUUAUUCAUUGGUUGAUUUCAGCUUCAAUUGCUUGGAAGGUGCACUGCCUACUAUCUCAUCCAACUUGACAUUUCUAGACCUUUCCAGCAAUCUGCUUUCUGGAAACUUGUUCAAGUUCUUUUGUUUCAACCCCAGUGAAAUGAGGGCUACAGAAUUUCUGAACCUGUUUGGUAAUAGAUUGACUGGCGAAAUACCAGAUUGUUGGAAGACUUGGCAGAGCUUGUCAAUCAUGAGACUGGACAGGAACAAGCUCAGUGGCAAGAUCCCAAGAUCCCUGGGAUAUUUAAGUUCCCUCAGGUCUUUGCGCCUUCAGAACAAUAGGUUGUCUGGUGAAAUUCCACCGUCUCUCCAGAAUUGCUCCAGGUUAGUCACAGUUGACUUGGGUCAUAAUGGAUUUGAAGGGAAGAUUCCGGAAUGGAUGGGACAACGCCUUUCGAGAUUGUCCAUUCUUAGUUUACCCGGGAAUAAGUUCCAUGGCAGCAUACCUAAGGAGAUCUGUAACCUGCAAUCUUUACAGAUCUUGGAUCUUUCUCACAACUCUCUCUCCGGUAUCUUGCCAAAAUGCAUUGCUAAUCUCAGCGCCAUGGCUACUCCAAACAAUGAUACUUCAGGCCUCAUUUCGCCCUUUGCUGGUGCGUGGAAAUCGUUUUCAGAUAGUCUGAUUCUGACGAGGAAUGGGCAGUUGUUGGAUUACAGCACCAUACUGAACUAUGUCAGAAGUCUGGACCUUUCUAGUAAUAACUUGUCAGGACGGAUCCCAAACCAGAUCACAAGCCUGGUAGCCAUUCAAUAUCUCAACUUGUCACAUAAUUCAUUCUCUGGUGCAAUUCCGGAGGAUCUAACCGCAAUGCUCUCUCUUGAAUCCAUGGAUCUCUCGACGAACCAACUGUCCGGGUCAAUCCCUUCAACCCUGGGAAGCCUCACAUUCUUGAAUUGCUUGAACUUGUCGUACAACAACUUGGUUGGUAAAAUUCCUUCAAGCACUCAACUGCAGAGCUUUGAUUCAUGGAGCUUCAUUGGCAACCAAGAACUUUGUGGGCCUCCAUUGAAUGCGGCGGACUGCAGCAAUGACAGCAGAGCGCCUGGUUUAAUGGAUGGAGAAGAAAACGAUGAAGAACAUGCUUUGCAUUGGUUCUCUGGCAGUGUAGUUUUCGGUUUUGUGGCCGGUUUCUGGGGUGUGAUCGUCACUUUAGCAUUCGUCGGUCCAACGGUCACAAACCCCAGAAUCUGAGUUGAAGGAUCACAUGGGUCAAAAACUGCUGGUCUUGUUGACGAGAUUGCUGAAGUAAUUUACAGAAACAGUAGUUAUAUCAGGUUCUACUUUCCUUGAUUUAGUAACAUCUUAAACAUCUGAGGUUGUCUCAAAUCCUGAUAGAACAGUAAACCUCCUUUGUACAAAUUCAAGCUUCAUUGUCCACUCUGCACUUGUCAUUGACUUUUUCUUUGGUUUUAAUCUCUCAACAGUCCACUUUUAUCGCUUCUGUGAUAGCUUCUCAAGUUUUGGCUGAUAAUUUCCUGAUAUGGUAAUAGAGUUUCCAUCAAACUCCUCUGA